UUAUCCAGGAUCUUGAUCUCUCUCUCAAAAUUGUUCGAGCCAGGAUCUUUUAUGCGGUGUCCAAACGGCUACACCCAUUUACCGGAUUAGUGGAUUCAGCGGGUCUUACCCGGAUUCUGUUCUAAGUUGAAUAACCAGAUUGGUGAAUUCAACGGAUCUUUACCGUGCUUACGAAUUCCGUUCUAAGUUAACAAGGAUGGCUUCUCAAGUUGCCGCAGGGCAAACAGGCCUGAUGGAAUAUUCCGCCGAGCUUGCCCCUGGAGAGACACGUACGAUCGAAGACUCGCCACGACGCUGGGUGAACGUGGUAUGGUCUUUGAAGCACGAGAACAUCCCCUAUUCGGAUCGACCUGGUCCAAUGAGUGAUACCGCCAUCCACCGCCAGAAGACGCUCGUCAUGGACGAAUUCAUGAGACUGACGAAACAGGAGGUAAACAGGUUGAAGCCAACGGCCUCCCUGGAAGGUUCAUUCUUAAAAAGGGAAUUGACAUUAGUAGAUGAUCCUUGGAAGUGUGGCAACCAAGCUGUGAGACAACUAGCAAAUGUAUCAAGAAAGGGCCCCCAUCAACGCUUCUUCCCGGGAAACAGCGAUCCCAAACUAAAUGGUGCUAAUAAUAGAUUCGGGUUGCCGCUAAAACCCAGACCCAGAAAACUGAGCCGGAUACAGGAGGAGACAAUAGAAAAGCGAAAACGUUCUGUACUUUGGGCGGAAAAGACCGUUCUACCAGAAAUAGGACAAGAAAAUUCUGUGGGCGCGAUUGAAAAUGCUGAAAUAACGAGGGACGAGAUUGCCGAAUCAUCGCAUUGUGGCGACGAGGCUGAUAGUGGAAUAUUCAUCGAGAGCGAGGCUGUUGGGGUUAUAUCAACUGGAAGCGAGGCUGGCGGUGGGACAACAGUUGAAAGCGAGCCUUGCGGUGUGAUAUCGGUCGAAAGCUAGGCGUGAUCAGGUCUAAGAGGAAAAAGAUUUCUACACGGUGCAGUGACAUCACGAUCACAUAAAACCGCUGAAAAGAAAAUUAGUGGCCUUUUCUCUCGUGCGAGACCAGUUCCUUUAUUGUCCAGAAGACGGCACAUCUGAAUACCCGACACACACGCUAUCGGUAUCGUUCAUCAGUAGACCAAAAGUUCAGAGUAGCAGUCUACAUACGACAACAAUGCCGGCGGAAAAUUGGUGACAGUUCGAGUGUGUGGGUCACCUGGUUGUUAAACUCCCCGGGCAGUCCAUUUCGGCGCCCUAAUCGUCUCUUCUCAUGAGUCGAGACGAGGCCGGUCCACCAAGUCCGGAAUGUAUUGAGAGACCCCUAUUGUCGACAGCGUGUAACUUAAUCUGACCUACUGGGUCCUUUAAAGGAGGGAUGUCUCGGGACUAAUGAUAUCUACAGAGGUCCAUGGUAGAGGGCGCCACGGGAAUAGAUCGGAAAGUGUGCAAGAUUGAGGAAUAUUUUGAUGUUUGAUAUGUUGACAUAUUUUGAUGUAUUUUUGAUAUUUUCCUCUGACCCCUUGCUUCUGCUUGUAUGCCCCUUUAAAAGUGUCUGCACUUGAAAAUGUGAGCGUUUGGUUCGUGGGAAAAACAUCAUAUCGUAUUCAGAAAAAAAAUCGUUUUCCAAGAAAAAAAACGAAGCCAUUUCGACAUCAGGGCAUCCCUUUAUGGGUCUGUGCGCAUGACGCCAAAAAUAGUCGCAAUAUUAAAAAAAUUCCCCCAAACAACUUUCCGUCAAUUACCUUUCUCUUUUCCGAUCACGUUGACAGCGGGUGGAUAUAUUUUCUCGACCUGCCGUGUGCUGGACGAGAGAUUUCUGGGCUUUGUGACUCAUCUUUCUUGAUAACGCCGAGGAACCUGUGAAUAUUUCCUCGAAGUAUCAAUGAAUAGGCCUAGAUCAUACGUUAAAAUGGUACGCCGUCGGCGAAACUGGUGGUCCAGGAAAAUAGAAAUGCAGUUAUACACAAUGGCGCAGUACAGUUGGUAUGCAUACAAAUUUGCUGAAACUUGAUAUUCAAAGUUUUUGAAUAUCCAACGGCAAUGCUGAAAAAAAUUUUCAUUACGUAUUUGGGCAAUUAUACAUUUUCAACUUAAAUUACAAAUUUCAAAUUUUUAACAAUUGGCGUCGGCUUUUAAGUAGGCCAACCUAGAUAAUAAGGACGCCAAUUCGAUUUGCUAUUCUAAGCUUUGUAAGCUUUCUCAAAUGAAUUGACGCUACUGUAUAAUAACAUGAAUGAUAACAUGACUUCGAAAUACAUGAUGAAUGA